AUGAGUGAAGAGGGUACAGUUAAAUGCGGCUGCAAAGGUGUGAGGUUUUGCAGAUUUUGCAAAGAUUCUGAACGUGUCAAAAGAUUAAAUUUUGAAGAUGAUCCAUUUAAAAAUCAUACAGUAUAUGUUUUUAGUAGUGUUCAUAAAAAAGCAUUUUUAUCAGAAUUGUCUCAUCAAGCUAGUAGAGAAGAGAUUGUUGCUGAGACAAAAAAACUUGAUUCUUCAUCAUUUGCAUUACUUAAAGAUAAAGAUUAUGUAGAUAUUGGUGGACUAUUACUUUUUAAAGAUUUUAUUAAUGAUGAAGAAGAAAAAUUUUUAGUUGAUCGUAUUGAUAAAAAAGAAUGGAAAUUGUCACAGAGUGGACGUAGAAAACAAGAUUAUGGGCCACAGGUUGCAUUUAAAUAUCAAAAAGUUAAAAUACAUAGAUUUGUUGGUAUGCCGGACUACUCUGAUUUAAUUCUCCAACGAAUGAAAGAUGUAUCGGAAUCUGAUCUCGGGCGGUAUCAGCCUUUUGAAUUAUGUAAUUUAGAGUAUGAUGAAUCCCGUCUUUCCUCAAUUGAUAUGCAUAAAGAUGACACUUGGAUUUGGGGAAAUCGUUUAAUUAGUUUAAAUUUAAUUAAUGGUUCAAUUAUGACUUUAGAACAUUCAGAGGAAAAAAAAUUGUGCUUUGUUGAUAUGCCACGCCGUUCAAUGUUAUGUAUGUUUGAUGAUUCCCGUUAUGUUUGGAAUCAUGCUAUCUUUCCAAAACACAUAAUAGGAAGAAGAAUUGCAUUAACAAUGAGAGAACCUGCAACAGCUUUUCUAGAAGGUGGUGAAAUGUAUGAAUCUUUUGGAAAAGAAUUAAUUCGAAUUGGGAAAAUAAGAAUACCAACUAUAUAA